AUGCACAAUCAAAAUCUUUCCAUGAUCCUGGGCGACGAAAUGGGAUUGCGUCUUGUCGAGUUGGUGCAACGAAAUGACCAACUGGGCGCCUUCGCUCCGUUUCUUUUGUCUUCAUGCUUCCAACGCUGUGGAACAAAUCCUCCAAAAGAAAGAGCUGAGCACCAAUACGACGAUGAUGUCAUUCUCACAACGUAUGAAAUGUCCAAGUUACCCGCGCUGAAAUCUUUUUACAGUCGGAUGCAAUUCCAUUACAUCAUUUUGGAUGAAGGCCACAAGAUCAAUGGCCAUCAAACACAAAUUGCCCAGCAAGCGGUUUGGAGUAUCCAUGCUGACAACAAGCUACUUUUGACGGGAACACCCUUGCAGAACAACAUGGUGGAAUUGUGGUCUCUUUUGCAGUUCCUCUAUCCGGAGAUCUUUACCAUCAGCAAGCCUUUCACCAAAGCUUUUGAUCUCAAGGAGAACAUCAUUGACAAGACAUUUUUGCAGCAUGCCCACGAAUUGUUCGACUUGUUCAUGCUGCGUCGUCUCAAGCACAAGGUGGAAACCUUUAUUCCACCAAAGCUCUAG